AUGCCCCAAAAAAAUGGACAACUGCCUGAAUGGUUUCACGGGAUGAUCUCCAGGACUGAAACAGAACGUCUCCUGUCAAACAAACAAACGGGAUGUUACCUAAUUCGAGUGGCCGAAUCUCGUAUCGGAUACUCGUUAUCGUUUCGAGACCAGCGCAAAUGCAAACACUACAUGGUCAACGAAUACGCCGACGGUUCUUACAAAGUUGUCGGGGAGAGGGUAAAACACAGUGACCUGUUGAAUCUUACGGAAUACUACAGAAAGGUUUUUUCUACACCGUCAUGA